AUGGAAGUGCCCAGUACCAAAGAUUUCCAAUGGAAAACCCUCGCUCCCCUCCCCAGCGGCAGGGUCUACUGCUCGCUGGUGGAGGCAGGCGGCCAGGUCUUUGCCAUUGGAGGCUGCGACGACAACGGAGUCCCCAUGAACUGCUUCGAGGUUUACUCCCCCGAAGCCAACCAGUGGAACUCUCUCCCUCCCAUGCCCACGGCCCGGGCCGGAGUAGCCGUGGCCACCCUGGGCAAGCGGAUCAUGGUGAUAGGAGGGGUCGGGAUGAACCAGACACCCUUGAAGAUAGUGGAGAUGUACAACAUAGAUGAUGGCAAGUGGAAGAAGAGGAACUCCUUGAGGGAAGCCUCGAUGGGCAUCUCCGUGACGGUGAAAGACUACAGAGUCUACGCGGCUGGCGGGAUGGGACUGGACCUGCGGCCUCACAACUACAUGCAGCACUACGACAUGCUCAAGGACAUCUGGGUGUCACUCGCGACCAUGCCCACGCCCAGGUACGCUGCCACCUCCUUCCUGCGGGGCACCAAGAUCUACGUGCUCGGUGGGAGGCAGUCCAAAUACGCCAUCAAUGCCUUCGAGGUCUUCGACACAGAGACCAGGUCAUGGACCAAGUUCCCCAGCAUCCCCAGCAAAAGGGCCUUCUCCAGCUUCGUGCCCACGGAGAACAACCUCUUCAGCCUCGGGGGGCUGCGGCAGGGCAGGCUGUACCGGCAGCCCAAGUUCAUGAAGACUGUGGAUGUGUUUGACAUUGAGCAAGGUGGCUGGAUGAAGAUGGAACGCUCCUCCUUCCUAAAGAAAAGGCGAGCGGACUUUGUCGCUGGCUACUUGAAAGGAAGGGUCAUCGUGGCCGGGGGGCUAGGGAACCAGCCAACGGUUCUAGAGUCAGCUGAAGCCUUCCACCCAGGGAAGAACAAAUGGGAGAGCCUGCCACCCAUGCCGACCCCCCGCUGCACCUGCUCCAGCAUUGUGGUGAAGAACUGCCUGCUGGCCGUUGGCGGAGUGAACCAGGGCUUGAGUGAUGCAGUGGAGGCACUGUGCGUCUCUGACUCCUAG